AUGACUACCGAUAUCGCUCGCGAAUUUGAGGCACCAGGAUUCAGUUUUGAAAACUGUCGCCGCAAUGCUCAGCUGGUUAAGAGUGGCUUCGUGCCACCGAAAAUGAUCAAAACAGGAACCACCAUCUGCGGCAUUAUCUACAAGGAUGGCGUUAUUCUCGGUGCCGAUACGCGCGCCACCGAAGGACCGAUUGUAGCCGACAAGAACUGCGAAAAGAUCCACUAUCUGGCGAAGAACAUGUACUGUUGUGGGGCAGGCACUGCGGCGGACACGGAAAUGACCACACAGAUGAUCGCUUCGAAUCUGGAGCUGCACCGACUCAACACCGGUCGCACCGUGCCAGUCGUGGUGGCAAACACGAUGCUGAAGCAGUUUUUGUUCCGCUAUCAGGGCUACAUCAGUGCGGCCUUAGUAUUGGGAGGAGUGGACAGUACCGGUCCGUACAUCUACUGCAUUUACCCGCACGGUUCGACCGAUAAGCUACCGUACGCAACGAUGGGCUCGGGAAGUUUGGCCGCAAUGUCCGUGUUUGAGUCCCGCUGGAAGCCUGACAUGUCCGAGGAGGAAGGCAAGAAGCUGGUACGGGAUGCGAUUGCGGCCGGUGUGUUCAACGAUCUGGGUUCCGGUUCGAACAUUGAUCUGUGCGUCAUCCGGAAGGACACGACUGAGUAUUUGCGCACGUACGAGGAAGCGAACAAAAAGGGCACCCGUAGCUUGGCGUAUGAUUUUAAACCAGGCACAACGGCGAUUUUGCAGAGCAAGAGCUUCAAGGUGGACAUUACGGAUACGGUCGUGCGUCACCUAGUUCCGGAAGGAGUGGAAAGUAUGGAUACGGCAUAA